UGCAUCUUGAUCGAUCAUUGAUGAGUCUAACAGACAUGAAUCAUGACACACCACACCCAGACAUUGCGCCCUCCUUCGGGCCCCCUCGCUAGCCCUGAUAGGUGGAGAUCACCUCCACCUGGUCACCGCUAUACACGACAAACUCCAGGCCAUGGCGAUCCGUCACUAUCACGGAAUCGAAGCCACGCUGCUUCACCCGCCUCUCGUCGAGCUGGCUGUCUGGACCCCUCCCAAGCUCCAGAGGCCGCCCGAGCCGCAGACCCACCUUGACAAUCCAGUCAGUGUGCCCCGGCUGGUGACGAACCUUGUGCCUCGUCAGGUCCGGGCGCGAUGCGCAAUAGAAUCCCUUGCCCGCGUAGCCGUUCGAGCACCGGUUGAUGUCGACCCCAUGGUUCUCGAUGUUGAGGGCGUGCUCUCGAGUGGUACGAUGGUAGGCAAUGAUGCCGUAGGGGCACUGCAGGCAGAAGUGGCCGGAACGGCGCCCUCGGUUGUUGGGGCAGCGGGGGGUGUGGCGGCCGCUCGCAUAGCGCCGCAGCUCCUGCUCCAACCGCCUCACGUUGGCCUCCUCGUCUGCCACCUCGUUGCGAGUCGACUGGACCUGCCUCUGCCGCGCCUCGUUCUCGGUGUUGAGGCGCUGGACCUCCCGGCUGAGGGCGUCGUUGGAGCGAGAGAGAUCUUCGUUGGCGUCCUCCUGUCGCUGCUUUCUCGCCUCCUUCUCCUCCUUGAUGCUCGUCAGUCGGUGCCCCUCAGCCACAGCCAUCGAGUGCUCCUCACGCAACCUCUCCUGCAGCGCUUGCUGUUCGCCGAUCUGGCUCCUCAGCUUCUCAUUCCCCACCAUCAGUGCGGUCUUCCUGUCCGUGAGGGUCCCCUCCCGCUGACGCGCGUCAUCCAGACGGCCUUGGAUCUCCACACGCUCAGCCGUGUGUCGCUCGGCCUGCUGAUUCGCUGACUUGGUGUGGCGGUGGAGCUGUUCCGACGUGAGAUCAGCGUCCCACUGCCUCAGCUUGGCCUUGAGGCGCUCCAUGCUGCCUCUCCUGCGGUCAGAGUUGGUGGAGGAGGGACGGGAAGAGGGGGAAGAUGACGGGAGGGGAAGAUGCAUCAAAG